AUGGUGCUCUUGCCUGCACUGUGUACCUCUCAAGACACAUUUACAAGCUCUAGAGCAACCUAUUACGGUAGCCCAGAUUGCUAUGGGACCCCAACUGGAGCUUGUGGCUAUGGAGAAUAUGGAAGGACAGUCAACGACGGCCAAGUGACCGCAGUUGCUAGGCUGUAUCGGAAUGGAACUGGCUGUGGUGCAUGUUACCAGGUUAGGUGCAGAGAACCUCAACAUUGCAGUAGUGAUGGGGUGAAUGCGGUGGUGACAGAUUAUGGGGAAGGAGACAGAACAGACUUCAUCUUCAGCCAGAGAGCCUAUGCAAAGUUGGCAAGUAACCCAGCUGCAGCUGAAAGGCUAUUUGCUUAUGGUGUGGUUGAAAUUGAAUACAGAAGGAUCCCCUGCCGGUACUCUGGUCGUGCCAACCUUGUGUUCAAAGUCCAUGAACAUAGCAAAUAUCCUGAAUACUUGGCUAUAGUGAUUCAAUAUGUAGCUGGCCAAAAUGACAUCAUAUCUGUUGAGUUGUGGCAGGAGGAUUCCAAACAAUGGAGGGCCAUGCGCAGAGCAUAUGGAGCAGUUUUUGACACUCCAAACCCACCUUGUGGCUCCCUUAACGUAAGGUUCCAAGUGAGUGGCAGUGCAGGGGUGAAAUUCGUGCAGGCAAACCAAGCCAUCCCUGGAGAUUGGAAAGCUGGGGUUUCCUAUGAGACAGACAUUCAGCUCAAUUAA